AGCGAUCCAGCCGAUCCAGCUGCUGGUUGAGAGGUGUAGCAGCCCUUUGGCGUCAUCUCGUUGUUGGUUUAUAUCUACGCCAGGAGAAAUGCUCGCAAACAAUUCGCACGUUCAGGCGUCUAACUGAAAGAAAAGUCUCGACCGUGGCGCAAAAGUUGUUCGGCCUACACUAUCGGCAGGAAGCGACACGCAAUGUCGGAAACAACGCACCCUCCGCCGUCCGAUGCCCUCGACUGGAGCGAAUCUGCGAACUCCGGCGCAAACUCUGACGCAGCUCCGCAGUCUGCUCCUGCUGUCGUUGAAGACGGCAGUGAAGAUGACUCGGCGCCGAUGGAAACGGUGGCUCUAGAAACGACAGACAUCUACUCGGAGGACUCUGAUGCAGGCAAGGAGACAGACCUGAAGCGGUACUUCAGCAACACGCCGACAGAUGUGGCCGCCUGCUCUUUCUUCGAUUCGUUGGCCGUUAGCACGUCGCCCAUGAUGAAGAGCGUCUCGGAGGUGAACAUGGCACAGAAGGCAGCACUGGAGGACGUAGUUCCAGAAGCACCGAUCACUACUGAGAAGCCACCUGAGGAGUCGUCCGUGUAUUUCUCUCUCGGUGACAGCACCGCCCAGGAACCCGAGAUCGCCGUCAUUGCGCAGGAAGCUGUCGAAGGCCCAACGCCCUCCUACUCCAUGCCCGCACAAGAACCUGUUGUCGUGGAGUCGGCUGAGAACAGAAAUGACUCACGGAGCGCCGGUGAAGAAGGACCUUCGUUGAGCAAGUUCUUCUCGAGCGACUGCAGCGGUGGCGACCAGGAGGGAAAAGCCUUCUUCGACGUCCUUGCUGCUGGCAUAGCUGGCGUCGAGCAGUCGGGAAGGUCGUCGGGUAGUGCCAGCCCCAUUUCCUUUGUACAGGAGCCCUGCCUGAUGGCCGAGCCCGUCGAGGACGGUGACAUCUGUGCUUACGACAGCUGGCUGCCGUCGGCUGCGACUAGAGACUUCCUCGCCAGACUUGCAACGUCCGAGCCAGGCACAGUCAUCCCGGAGCGCGAACAGCUCACCAUGCCCGGCGUCAUAAUCGACGAAUGCCAGGGUGAUACCGUCCGGGUGCUUCUUCAGGAGCACAUCAUUGACGAGGCAGGUACUCGGAGGACGCUUACGGCUGAUGAUGUCCCGCAGAAUGAAGAUGGACUGAAGCAGUUGAUUGGUGCGCAGUGUCACAAUGCGGCCAUCAACCUGACGACCAGGCUACUGACCAACGUGGGCCAAGGUCCCGGAGCCGGAGGUCAUCCGUCUAGGCACAGCCCUCACUCCCUUCAGUUGUGGUACACGCGGCUAGCACUCUUCGUGAAACUGCGCAAAUUUGCCUAUGCGGAGGUCGAGGGCGACGCCUUCGGGGACUUGGACAAACCAGACCUGUUUUAUGAAUUCUAUCCGGACACUUACCCAGGCAAGCGAGGUUCGAUGGUGCCGUUUGCCAUGCGCCUUCUGCUGGCCGAGUUGCCGCAGUUCCAGGGGAACCACUGCACGGCCCUCAAUUCCCUCUACAAGCUUCUCAACGUCGUGCACAGGAUUCUUGGAAACUUGACGAACGGCAUAUCUGAGGACGGUAGCCUGCUGGAUAUGGGUGAACAGUUGAGACAAGCCUCCAUGAAACUGUGGGAAGACCGCGAGUGUCGAGUCUACUUCGCCAUCCUCAACUGCGUUCUUAACCAGAAGGACUACGUGGUGGCCAUUAAAGUGGCAAGGAUAUUGCUUGAAAAGAACAGUGGACGCAAAGCGCAGCUGCACUCUGCCAUUGGAAGGAUAUACCUCCAGCUUGGGGACGUGGAAACUGCACAAAGCCAUUUUCACAAAGCAGAGGCCCUGUACCACAGCAUGGCACUGGAGGGAAGACUCGAAAUUCUCAUCAACAAAGGCACAAUGGCCUUGGCUAUGAACAGCUAUGCAGAGGCUUAUCGCUAUUAUGAGGAGGCCAGCAAGCUGCAGCCAAAGAAUCCACUGUUCAUCAACAACAUGGCGGUCUGCCUCCUCUACCUGGGCCGACUGAGCGAGUCCGUCCACCUGCUCGAGUCGACCAUGCAGGGCGACCCCGCUCUCUGCUUGCACGAGGGCUACCUCUUCAACGUCUGCACCCUCUACGAGCUGCAGUCCUCCGAGGCAGCCGCCAAGAAGCGCAGCAUGUUGAGACUCGUUGCAAAACACGCGGGUGACGGCUUCAACGUGGCCUCACUCAAGCUCCAGCCAGCCAAGACGUGACGCUGACUGGGAAGCACGCUGUUGUAGAGAGCUGCGCCGCGCAUCAGGCAACACAGUGACAACGCUCUGCCGUAAGUGGAGCUGUCGUUCGAAGCGUCCCCGUCGAUGGACUUUCCGAGUCUCUCACGAACUUUCAUUACGUGCUAUCGUCCCCCUGGUAAGUGUGAUUGAUGGCGCAUAUUCAGAUGAGCAUAAGCGUUGCUUGUAUGGCUGAUACGAUGAGUCAGCUAGUUUCAAGUAGGGAUACCAAUUCAACUGUUGCGAUACAUGUCAAGAAAGGAAAAUCGCUGGCAUCUUAGGAACCAAAAGUAAAUAAGCAUAAAGAUGUAAAAAAAGGGGGGGGGGGGGCAGUAGCUGUCGAGAACGUGGCGACACUACAUUCACAUUGUGUAUUGCACUUGUACAUUCAUCUUGCCCAGAUGGCCUAACCUUUACGUUUUUUAAGGUGCAUGAAGACAGCAUACUGUCUUUAAACAUUUUUUUAAUUUGUAUACUUGCAUCACUUACUGCACUGUUUGAAUAUCAAUCUUGUCAUGACGUUCAGCUUUGUCAAAGAGCCAAAAUCAAAGGGCAUAUCGAUUUAUCCCAAAUUUGUGCUGUGGAUAAGCAGCUAUGUCCUCUCGUCAACAGUAACAGUCGUGCAUACCGAUGCUGAUGAAUAUUGCCUUGCUGUCCAGCGCAUAGCUUGGUUGACAGCAAAUGCCGAUGUGAAGCCUCAUUGUAGGUUCAUAUUUGGCGCAGAUCUGCAUCAGGCUGCUCUCCACAACUCAAGGUGUAUGUUUUGAUCGAGUUGCUGGGGCUUUAGAAAAGCACAGCAGAUAGUAUGUAGUAAUUGUUGCCAAAGUCAUAACUCGCAUCCGAAGCAAAAUCUGAUGAGGACUUGCCACUUUACAAAAUUGUCAAGUCGUCACUUUGGUCAAUUCAGCCUAACUGAAGGUUAUCAAACCCCAUCACCUUUCACUUUGCCACUGUGCGAAGAUAGGUUCAAAAAGCUGUUUCAGUGCACACACAUGAGCUAAAUUUAGGAUCCUUAAUCAAGAUGAUUGGUAUUAACUACAGUCGGGAUGUAUGCAUGUUAGCAUUUAAUGUGUUAUAUUCUACGAGACAAAACUCGCCUAAAUACAUUCACGAUACGCAUUACUGCUGGUAAAUUUUCUUUUCACUCCAAAACUUUGUCCAAUACUCUUGUUUUAUUAUAGUGUCAAAAUAUCUCUAUUCUAUGUUUUAAAUGCAUCGCAAACCCAUCAGUGCAAUUUUCAUGUUUGGUUUGUUUGUUUGCUUGAUUCUGUAUGGUACUCCACAUACUACAUAGAGUAUGUGCCACAAGACAACAAAAUCUGCAAAAAGUCAUCGUAUUUUGAUGGCUGAGAAGAUAACAUUAUGCUGUAGUCAGCUGUCAUGUAAAUUUUCUUAAUAAUCUACCUAUACCUGUAGAAUAAUAUUAUUUUCGUGCUUUGAAAGAGCAUAUUUAAACUAUUGAUGUCAGCAUUUACUAGCAACAUCUAUAUUAUGCGUUUAACAUCUGCAUUAUGCAAGUUACUAGCAUAGAACAUGAUGUAAUCAUAAAUAAUGUACAAUCCUUGGAAACGUUUAGCUUGGCAGAUAGUAGGAACUAUACCAAAAUUGUUUGUAUGAGAAAAUCUUUUUUUUUUUUUUUUAGAACUGAGUGUCUGUGAAAAGUGUUUAGUAAGGAAAGUGAUGGGGGAAGGGGGUGAUAAUCUGAUAAUCGCUGCUUUAAGCUUUAAGGUAUCACAACCUCAGAAGCUGCUGCAAUCAUUGCCUUACUUUGGCCAUGUGGCACGGUACAUAUGUGUAAAUAUGAAAUGCAGAAAAUGAGUACUAGUUCAUGGAGGACGGGUUGCUAAAAUGUUGUUGCUGAAAUUGAAUUAAAUAUGAACUUUGUUCAGACCUGUUCCUUCACUACGUUUCGGUUUUAUACUCAUGAAUUGAAACAGAAUUUAUUUCUCUUUUAUGGCUAAUGGUGUGCUCCAGAAAACAUUUUAGGUUUCCUUGAAUUGCAAUAUUUCACCAGAGGACAAAGCUCCUAAAUUUCAUCACUAUUGCACCUGUUGAGUGAUAGCAUUAAAAGGGCAUGGAUAUUUUUGUUUUUGAAAGACGAUAGUCUUUCUUGUGAUUCUUGCUUACAGAUAUUUUGGGCUGUCUGUCACACGAUUCAGCCAUCAGGCCAAUGUUUAAGCACUUGUUGGUGACUUUGGUGGCUGCGUUCAUACUUGUGAACAUUGUCAAUCAAAAAGCAAAUAUUAUGCUUAUCUGCAGUGCAACAUCAAUGUGUAAGUAUUAGGUAUUGUGUUCCUUUACUACAAAAUACGCAGAUAUGUAAUUCUAAAGUCUCGAGUGUAUAUUAUGCUGCCCUGAAAAUGCCAUGCUAUGCACAAAAAGUGCUCUGCCGACGAUAUAAUGCUGCCACCGGGCAGUGGCCCUGGGUUCUGCACAAGCUCGCAUUUCCCAAUGACAAUGCCAGAUAGCAUCCAUAUCUUACACUGCGCCUCCUCUAUUUUAUUGAUGCCAGAGAUGUGGCCGACUCAACAUAGAGUGGCCGACUCAACAUAGAGGAGGCACUGUCUGAGGCAAGGUGAAGCGUAAAUGGCCGCUUGGCCUUUCGAUGACAUUUGCAGUGAAGCCCACAGAUAUGCCGUCAAUUUUUUAAUAUAGUUGUUUUCUUGUUGUUACAUAGUUCAUUGCGUUUUAGUUUUCUUGUGUAUUUGUGUUUUCAUUCACAUCAGUGUUAAAGAAAAUCUAAAUUAAUGUGCAAUACACUGGAUUUCUGGCUUUUGCUGAAGUUUGGAACACCGUGAUUCAGCUGGGAAUGCAUGCAAGGUUAAGUGAGUAUCGUGUAAUUUUCAUGUGUUGAAAUAGUUACGCAUUUACCAUUUUUCAUGAACGUAAGUGUGCAACAUAUGUCGCACUUUGUAGCAUGUUUUCUGCUCAUGCUGCAUGCUUUUGCAAAUGAUAGUCAUUUUGAGGUGAACAAGCAGCUUGACAGAGCAGCAGAGGCUACAAGAAUGUUUUGAAGACACCUUUACGACAUUGGUCACAGCUAUCAACCAACUAAUCAGUGAGAAUCUGUAAUAGCUAGCUAUCAAGGCAUCUAUUUCAAGGACUACCUCUACAUCUUUUGUCAUGGUUCCUUGACAUAAGACUGCAGUUGUGUUUACCUAGACUUUUACAGCAACCAACUAGCAAGGUAAAUGUGUAAUAACUAACUACGCUCAAACCUCAAUAUGACGAAUCCAGGCAUACCGAAGUAUUGGUUGUAACAAAGUAAAUGAAGAGUAGUCUUGCUAUAAAUAUAGGAUUAGAAAUAUAUCUAUAUAACAAAUUUUUGGAUAUAACAAACUUAUUUUUGUGUAAAUCGUUAUAAAGAGGUUUGAGUGUAUCAGGCAUCUAACUAUUCUAUACAUUUCUCAUGCUUUUACGACAUAAUGACGCGCUCUAUCUUACAUAACCUAAAUGGUUCUCAAAUGGGGGUUCACGAAGCCAUUUCCAUGAUCUGCGAAAUCCUCACCCGCAUUUUUUUUAAGCGUGACUGUGCCACGCAUUGAUGAACUGUGCAAAAUGAAGUGAUGUGGCAUGUUUGUUUGAUGUUUUGAUAGCAAUACAAGGGACCUGUUUCACGCUCCAAUUGUAUUUUAGUUUAUCCACGUACCCCCUCUCUUCCCUCUGCUGCAAGGGAGGGAGGCAGGUACACAAGGGGUCCCGACACAUCCAUGGCUGAGAACCACUGACCGAGGCGAUUUUGGACCCACCCUUGACAGCUUGUUAUUGCUUCUGUUGUUCAUUGUCGCACUGCCAUUAUCUGCAUUAGCGUUCAUCUGUAAUGAGAUUUACUCUUGGCCACAUACAAGGCAUCGUUAGCAUGACUUUGUUAUAUGUGAUAACUUGUUACAACGGUAUACUCAUAACACUAUUGCAAGACUAUUCUUCAUUCACUUUCUUAUAGCUGAUAUUUCGUAAUGUCCGGUUUUGUUGUAUCAAGGCUUGAGCAUACACUGUUUGAUGAAGUUGUUUUUUAGUCGGAAACUGUUCAAUGCCCCAGAUGCUUUUGCGUAAAAAUGUGCAGCGAAGUGCUUGAGGAUGUCAAAAAGUCACUUUACAAAAGGCCGUCUGCCACGGGUAAAAAAAUAGUUUAUUACAAAACAAUAAAAAUAUUAUUGGAAACCUC